CUCUGUCUCUCAUGGCUAACCCCUAAAGCCACAGGACACCUGCCUUUACCUGUGUUCUCUUUAGCAUCUCGAACGGGUUCCUUGCCAAAUCCGUGACCGAUCUUUGGUCAGGAAAGACUUGGAACCAGAACGGAUCCUCUCUCUCUCUCUCUCUCUCUUUCUCCUUGCUUGAGUGUUUGUUCGUUUCAGCCGCAGAAAUAGGAGAAAAGGUACGUCUUUUCUUGAGAUCAUCGGCGUUCUAGUCUCUGAUUUGACUCCAUAAUCUUCACGAAGAAGUGGUUCCUCAAGUCUCUGUGCCAUCUGCCUUCGAUCCCAGAAGAAAAGAUCCUUCUUUUCGAUAAAAAAAAGCGGUUUAUCUGAACAAAAAAAAUUAGGUCGCUUUGUGGAAGAGCUGUCUUUUAUGGGGAGGUUUUCUUGCAGUUGAAGCAGUCUUGGGGGCUUGUAGGAUAGAGGGAAAUGAUUCAGCUGCUGUUCCUGGUGCUCUUCGCGGAGGGGGCGGUGGCACUGAUUCUAAUGUGGAAGAUUGGGCCACUUCGGGAGCUGGCGAUGAGGGGGUUGGACCAGUUGAAGACAGGGAAGGGGCCGGCGACGGUGAAGACGCUCGCGUGCACAAUGUCGGUGAUCUUGGCGUCGAGCGUGGCCAGCAUUCUCAAGAUCCAGAACAGGGGCGCAAAGCUUGGAACUGUCACCCCAAUGGAUCAAGUCUUGUGGAGGACCCACCUAGUUGAAGCCUCGCUCAUCGGCUACACUCUUUUUCUUGCUUUAGUGAUCGACCGUUUGCACCACUACCUUAGGAAGUUGAUCAAUUUGAGAAGAACAGCUAAUUCAUCCCAAGAAGAAGUUGAGAAUCUUAAGAAAGAGCAACAAAGGUUUAAAGAGAAGGAGGAGACAUCUUUAAAUGAGAUAAAAAAGCUCCAUGAAGAGGUAGCGAGUUUAAAGGAGAGGCUGCAGAAGUUAAAGUCAGAGUCGGCGGAGCAUGAGAAAAGGGCAGAGACAGCUGAAGCUCAUGUCACCGCCCUUCAAAAACAGUCUGAAGAACUGCUGCUUGAAUAUGACCGCCUGUUGGAGGACAACCAAAUCCUUCAGACUCAGGCUUUAGCAUUCAGAGGUUGAGCCUCAUGUGACCUCGUUUUGGAGCAUCUAUUCCUCAGGUGGGCAUAAUCAUGGAGAGAAGUAUGUCUUUUGUCUCGGCACGUCAAUAUUGUUAACAUGAGCUUGUUAUUGAUCAUAUGUUGCUUGAAGCGUGCCCGUCGUAUCUGUUUCUUUCCAUUUGUCCACCAUGAACUUCGAAGCGUAAGAGAUGAGCUGCCUGAUCUGAACUAUAGUGUAGAAUCUACAUUCUCUAAAAUGUUUUUGGCACCAUUACUUGGAGCAAGUCCCUAAUGAUGUACUGUUUUUGUU